AGGUGUAGUAAAAUUAUUUAAUUGAUUAAACCUGUUCACCUUCAGCACACUUAGUGUACAUCUGUAGGAUACAGAAGAAAUUGCACAACAUUUAAAAAAAAAGCAAUUUGGCAAGAGAAGGAAAUUUACUUUGACAAUUAGACUGCCACAUUUUCGAAGUUAUUUAUAUUAUUGGAAAAGUAUCUGAUGAAAAUUACAAUGGAUACCACCUGGAAAUGCCAAUGUAUCAAAAUUUAUAAAAGAAAAGCACCAGAAGAAAAUACUAAAAAGAUAAAUAAGUUGGUCAGCAAAAGUUGUGCUUGUAGAAGAGAUUUUCAUGAAAAGAUAUUAAAAGGGAUUAGUGAAGUUCAACCACACACUAGUUCCAAGUGCAAAUGUAAGAUACAUUUUAAUAGGAGAAUGGUUAAAGAAAAGACUGGUAAACAGAUUAUCAAUUUGAAGUGCAAAUGUCUUAAAAUUUUUAAAGGAAACAUACCAGAGAAACAUAUAAAAAAGAAAAGUAAGUUUGUCAGCAAAAGUUGUACUUGUAGAAGAGAUGUUCAUGAAAAGAGAUUUGGAGGGAUUAGUGAAGUUCAACCACACACUAGUCACAAGGGCAAAUGUAAGAUAAAUUUUAAUUGGAGAAUGGUUAAAGAAAAUACUGGGAAAGAUAAGUUUGUCGGCAGAAAGUGUGUUUGCAGAAGAGAGCGGAAGGGAUUACAGUCAAAUGUGAUGUGUUUCAAAUAUAAUUUAAUAUUUGCUUAAUAGUUGAAUUUGGCAUUAUAAUUUUUUUUUUAAAUAUCUUCACAAUUACGUAACUGGGUCUCUAUGUUUAUUUCGUUUAUAUUUUAUAAUUUUUACCAAAGAAAACUAACUUUAUAUUUAUUUUUACCCAAGUGGCUUUUAUGGGCCUUGAAUAUAUAAUUCACAUAAUAAAAUUGUUUUUUAAUUUUUAUAUAAAAGUUAAUUUAAAACGGUUGAAGCCAAAAUACGGAAAGCGCCGAAUGAUCAGUGGCCGCGGAAAUUUUUAAAACAAACCUUAACAUAUAAACUAUUUUUCACCUCCCUAUAUAUCAAAAUAUAAGAACCUUUCUUCCUUUCUACUAUCUAUCAAAAAAAUAUUUGUUUGCACUCCCGUACAAGAGUUGCUAUUGAGGGAAACUAAAAAACUGAAAAUAUUUUUUCCUACAUUAAUUGAAAUUUACACACUUUCACUUAUCGAGGAUAAUAUCUAUCAAGUGGAUAAUUUUUGUUUCCAGCAGAAAUAUUUGCUUAGACUCCCGUACGACGGUUAGGAUUUAGAUUUUAUUGUAUGUGGCCAAUGUCUGGGCCUUCCUAUUCCUUCCUGCAUCAAAUUUAUCCCUCGUACAAAGGGAGGGGUAUACUUUGUGAACCUCAGGUUUGGAGAUUUCGGUCCCUAAUUUUAAGGACCUGUUUCUUCCUACUGCCUUUUCUUCGGAGUCGUAAUUUUCGUUUCCAGCAUAAAUAUUCGCUUCCACUUCCGUACGAGAGUAGAGUUGUAAACGUAGUAAAACUAAAAAAUUGAAAAAAAAAUUAAUUUGUUUAUUUUUACGCAUUUUCAAAUCUUGGUAAAACUAGAUCAAGAAAGUUAUACUGUGCCAUCAGGCAACCGAUGCUACCAGGGAAAUUCCAUGGUUCGCGCGGGACUCUGUUCUAUGGUAGCCGUGGUAGUAGAAGGUCACGGAAAUAAAGGUGUUAAAAAAACGUAUAUUCAGCGUAUGUUAUUUUAAAAUGUUAUAGACAAUAACAUGACAUAUACCAAAAUUGUCUUGAAACAAUUUAGUAUGGAAAAGAUCAAACCAGUUACAAUACCUACGAAGAAAAACAGGUAGGUCAUAACAAAAGAAACUGUGAUGCUGUGGAAAGCAUGAUCUAUUUACCAAACAAAACAUACCAUAUAAUCAGGCCAUACUAAAUUUAAAUAGAAUUGUAAAAUAUUUAGCAAAAACCAAAACAAAAUAUCCAUUUUAUAAAGGAAAAAGUUAGGAAAGGAUUGUAGGAAAGUAGAGAAUUUAAUUUCGGAAAACAGUACAGCAGAUGUUUAUACUAACUUUAAACUCUAACUUUAAACAGUAAAAAUUUUUAAACAUCGGAAUAUGUUGGUAAAGUAAUUUAAGGUAAUAAUUUCAAAAAUUGUAAUUUUUAAUAAUUAUUCGAACACGGUGAUGGGUAGUAAUGAACUUAUAGAAGUUUUUAGCCUCUGUAGUUAAUUAUUUUAAGUUCAACAAAAAUGUAAGUAAAUUUGUAAAAACCCAUCACAUACGAUAAACAAAAAUAAAAUUCUUAAAGUUAAUAUAAAAAUUAUUAUACUUAUAGAAAGAAAAGCAGCCUAAUCUUAUUAAAGAUGGCAAAAUUAACUUCAUAUUCCACAUAUUUCUGACGCGACACAAAAGUGUGAAACAUGCAAUUUUUUGAUAAAAUUGUUUUUUUAGACACCGUCGGCGUUGCAAAAAUUACAAGUGCCUGGUCUUACUGAGGAGAGCAAGGUACUCGCGGGAGGCGAGCCUGACCGACGAUGUUACGCGGAGCGAGACUAUUAUGUCACCGUGGCCGCGCAUAAUCUAUAUAAAUAUCUCUCUCGCUGUUUGUUUUUGUUCGCAGCGAGACAAUUGGGUCGUCCAGGUCGCAUAUAAUUAAAUUAUUAAAGAUAACCCGCAAACGUCAAUAAUUUUUUAAGAUAGAAACUAUAGUUUAUUUACGGCACGUCGCAAAUACGCCGCUUACGCGAGCAAUAUGCGAGGAAGUAUUGUCUGCAGGCACAUCCGUUAAACUGAUAAGAGGAAAGCUCGCCUUUAUUGGUAUCUGCUCAUAUAUUCAGAGGGGCGGAAAAAAUAAGCAAUAGGCAUAGUACAUUUUAUUGACUAAGACGUACAUAGCUGAAAAAAUCUAAAGCAUUGAAGAAAUCUAAUGAG